AUGCACUUUCUAUGGCCCCUCGUCGCCACGGUAAUCGCGAGCGUCACCACACGACUGCCCUUUGCUUCAGCAGACUCGACGAGUCGGAACCCCAUCACCAACCUCGCGGUUGUCAAGAGCCCUGACCUGCAUACGCCCAAUCACCGGGUCACCGCGCUCUCAACCUUCGACCUCUCUUUCGACGUCUUCGACCGGCGGAUAAAGCUUGUUCUAGAGCCGAACCACGACAUCAUACAAGAUGGCGCCACUGUCGAGUAUCUUGGGCCGGACGGGCAGGUCAGGCACAGGGAGGUCAUUGACCGGCUAGAGCACAAGGUGUACAAAGGCGCUGCCUGGGCGCGGAACGGGCAGAGAGAGUGGACACGGACAGGCUGGGCGAGGAUAACAGUGAGGAGGGAUGGCAUAUACCCGCUGUUCGAGGGCGCAUUCACCAUCGACCACAUCCACCACCAUGUGCAGAUGAGCAGCAACUACAUGCAGACACGACAUGCGCUGGACCCGGAGCUUGUGCUGGACGCUGACGACUUCAUGGUCGUAUGGCGGGACUCUGACAUCGCUGGGUUUGGGCAGGCGGAGCACUCGGAGCUCAAGCGCGAUCUCGGCUUGGGAGGACUGGAAAGCCGCGAUGCGUGCCAAAGCGACCGGCUAGACUUCAACAUUCAGCCCGACCACCCCGUCCACAAGAUGCUCCGCCGGGACGACAGCUACUGGAGUACGCCUGUUGAGUCUCUAUUCAGCAAGCGUCAGAACGACGGCAUCCCCGGCUCCGGCAACUCCGCAGGCGUCAACCUCGUCUCGACCAUCGGCCAGACACUCGGCUGUCCCAGCACCCGCAAGGUCGCUCUCGUCGGCGUCGCCACCGAUUGCACCUACACGUCCGCCUUCAACUCCACGGAGACGGCGCGCCAGAACGUCAUCAACCAGAUCAACUCCGCGUCAGAUCUGUACGAGAGCACGUUCAACAUCACGCUGGGGCUGCAGAACCUGACAGUUAGCGACGCGACGUGUCCUGGGAGUGCGUCGAGCUCGACGCCCUGGAACAUACCGUGCUCGGGUAAUACCAAUAUCCAGGACCGUUUGAACCUGUUCAGCCAGUGGAGAGGCGAGAGGCAGGACAGCAACUCGCACUGGACGCUGCUGACGACGUGCAACACGGGUUCCGCAGUGGGAUUGGCCUGGCUGGGCCAGGCAUGUAUCCAGGGCGUCCAGAACUCGAGCUCAAGCGGAUCACAGGAGUUCGUGAGCGGCGCCAAUGUCGUCGUGCGCACGGCGUCAGAGUGGCAAGUCAUUGCCCACGAAACCGGCCACACCUUCGGCGCCGUGCACGACUGCACCUCCUACACCUGCGGCUCCUCCAACACCGUCUCGGCGCAACAAUGCUGUCCGCUCUCCGCCGGCACCUGCGACGCCGGCGCGCAGUACAUCAUGAACCCGUCGACGGCCGGCGGCAUCGCGCGCUUCUCCCCAUGCUCGAUCGGCAACAUCUGCAGCGCCUUCGGCCGCAACAGCGUCAAGAGCGACUGCUUCACCAACAACCGCGACGUCACGACUAUCAGCGGGCAGAUGUGCGGCAACGGCAUCGUCGAGGAAGGCGAGGAGUGCGACUGCGGCGGCCCUGAAGGGUGCGGCGAUAAUGCGUGCUGCGAGCCUGCGACGUGUCAAUUCCGUGCCGGGGCUGUGUGUGAUGAUGCGAAUGAGGACUGCUGCCGCGGCUGCCAGCUUGCAUCCGCAGAGACGGUGUGUAGACCUUCGACGGGGGUCUGCGAUCCGCAGGAGACGUGCUCGGGGAGCUCGUCGUACUGUCCGGCGGAUAACACGAAUCCGGAUGGCGAGAGCUGUGGCGAUGGGCUUAGCUGCGCGAGCGGGCAAUGCACGAGUCGGGAUCUGCAGUGCAAGACUGUCAUGGGGAGCUACACAAGAGGGAACGAUACCUAUGCCUGCGACAGCAGCAGCUGCAUGCUGACCUGUGCAAGCCCGGAGUUUGGGCCGGGUAUCUGCUAUGGGCUACAGCAGAACUUUUUGGAUGGGACUGAUUGCGCGGGUGGGGGGAAAUGCCAGAACGGCCAAUGCCGCGGCGCCUCCUUUACCGGCGCAGUCGGUUCCUGGAUCGACGACAACCUAAACGUCGUGAUUGGUAUCGCCGCCGGGGUGGGCGGUCUCAUCGUCAUCAUCAUCCUGUCCUGCCUCAUUUCCUGCUUCCGGCGGCGCAGACGGCGCGGCAAGCGCGUGCAGCCGCCGCAGGGCUGGCAGGGGCAGCAUAGGGGUCACAGUGGACGAAGCGUGCAGAUGGGACAGAUGCCACCGCCGCAGGGUGGGCAGCAGAGUGGGCAGUGGUAUGGGCCGGCGCCGCCGCAGCCGGCUUAUGCGCGGCAGAGUAGUGUGAGGUAUGCAUAG